AUGGGGGAUUCAGAUGAGACCCAGAAUAAUUAUCUAUUACACUCUUUAGUUAAUUAAAGUAGAAUUAAUGAAAGCAUCAAUUACAUUAAUCUAUUAGAUUUGAUGAAUAAAUAUAAUCCAGGACCUUCAAUCAAAAAAACUAUUGUAAAUGAUUAGGAUUUUAUUGAUGAAUUAGAACAAUUUUUAGAUUAAUUGGAUCAACCAAAAAGAUAAAAAUUCCUUGAAGAAUCAAUGAUUCUUUUUGAUGAUAAUGAUGGUAAUUCAAUAAUUGAAUUCAAUAAUUUAAAUAAUACUAAUAAUAAUAAAUUAGAAACUUAAUCUUCUAAACAUCAAGAUGGAUGGUUAGACAAACUUCCAAUUAAACAUGAAUUUGAUGAUCUAGAAGAACUGGAGAAAAUACUAUCUUAAUGA